GCCCGCUCCUCCCCUCACCCCUGCGCGAGUCUGACGCCACUUCCGCCCGCGACCCCUGCCCGACCCCGCUGCCCCGCGCCUGAUCGCAGCGAGUCGCAGCAGGUGCACGAAAGCAGCUCCCUCGUGGGGUGGUGGGCGCCUGGAGGGCUGCCAUGGCGCCCAGCCACCUGUCAGUACGAGAGAUGAGGGAGGAUGAGAAGCCCCUGGUCCUGGAGAUGCUGAAGGCCGGCGUGAAGGACACGGAGAACCGCGUGGCCCUGCACGCUCUGACACGGCCGCCGGCCCUGCUGCUCCUGGCGGCUGCCAGCAGUGGCCUGCGCUUCCUUCUGGCCUCCUUCGCGCUGGCCCUGCUGCUGCCCGUGUCCCUGGCUGUGGCAGCCCUGAAGCUGGGCUUGCGGGCCCGCUGGGGCUCGCUGCCUCCCCCAGGCGGCCUGGGGGGACCAUGGGUGGCCGUGCGGGGCUCAGGGGAUGUGUGCGGGGUCCUAGCCCUGGCCCCCAGUGACACCGGCGCUGGCCGCGGGGCCCGGGUCACCCGCCUGUCUGUGUCUCGCUGGCACCGGCGCCAGGGCGUGGGCAGGAGGCUGCUGGCCUUUGCUGAGUCCCGGGCUCGGGCCUGGGCGGGGGGCUCUGGUGAGACGCGGGCCAGGCUGGUGGUCCCUGUGGCUGUGGCUGCCUGGGGCCUGGCAGGAAUGCUGGAGGGCUGUGGCUACCAGGCGGGGGGCGGCUGGGGCUGCAUGGGGUACAUGCUGCUGAGGGACUUCAGCAAGGACCUGUGAGCCCUGGCCCCCGGAGCAUUCGUCGCCUUUGUCACCACAGCCUUCUGGGGGCAGCAUCUAAUGAGCACCCACUGUAUGCUGGUCUCACCCACACCCUCCACAAGUGCCCAGCACACCAGGGGCCAGGAAGAGGGAGUCCCCAGGGCAGGAGCCCUCAGCUGCCCAUCCAUCUGUCCGUCCACCGCUGCUGCUGAGUGAAGUCAGUGGGGAAAGAACCCCCUUCCCUGCUGUCCCCU